AUGUUGACAAUUAUUUCAUCUCAUCGAGUUCUUUGGUAUAGCAUUGGUAACAUUGGCUACAGCGAGACAGCAAGACAGCUUACUCAACACAUUAGGGAAGUCUACAUUGACAUCAAAAGCCAGGCAAGGACUUCGUACGGGUCAAAAUUUUUUUACAAUGAGUUGAAUCAUGAAAAAGUCGCCCAAUCCACAUAUUACGAUUAUUUCAGUAAGCCAACUAAAACUACAGUGGAUAUUGUUUAUGAAAAGAACAUCGAUUUUCCUUCGGUGACAGUUUGUAACCUCAAUCAAUUUCGCAAAUCAAAAAUUAUGAAUAUGUCAUCAAUUAACGAGACUGUUUUGCAUUUCGGCGGCGGGAAUCACAAUAAAAUGGCCAAUUCCAGUCUGGAGAAAAUUAUCAAAAACCAGAUCAAAGGUUUUGAGAAAUUAUUUGCUGAGAAUAUCGAUAGUAAAGCGGAUAUCAAUGUCAAUGAAUAUUUGAUUGUUGAAGAAUUAGUUGUCAUGGCUGCGUCGAAACAUGACGAAGAAGAUCUAAGAAGAGUUGGUCAUCAAUUCCAUAAUUUUAUUACGUCUUGUACGUGGAGCUUAUUUGAUUGCAAGAGUGGUAUUUUUGAACAAUUUUGGGUACAAACAUGGAACUGGAAAUACGGUAACUGUUUCACAUUCAAUUUCGGAGUCAAUCAAACAGGUCAAGAUAUGGACAUAUUUGAAACAACCAUACCUGGGCCUUCCAAUGGCCUUAUUCUUGAGUUGAAUAUUGAACAGCAAGAAUACGUGGACGCAUUGACUGACGAAGCUGGGGCAAUCAUCACAAUUCACAAUGCAAAGCAAUUACCGUUUCCUUAUUAUGAGGGAAUCACUGUUCCUCCAGGAUUUUCUUCCUCAAUCGCCAUCAGAAAGGAGACUAUGAUUAGAGUGGAUCCAUUUAAGAAUGGCAGCUGUAAUGCGUUGCCUUUCCUUGCUAAGGACAAUAUUUAUAGGAAUUAUUUAAAUGGCUCAGUUAAAACCUAUUCUGUAAAGGCGUGUAUGCAAUCGUGCUUGGCAAACACCCAACUAAACAUUUGUAACUGCAUUGAUGCAAAGUAUGCUAUUCACGUGAGAAAUAUUUGCACAGUAGAAAAAAUGGAUUGUAUCAAUGCAGUCAGUACCUGGUUUAAACACGACGGAGUUGAAUGCAUCAAGAAAUGUCCGCAACCGUGCCAGCAAAGCAGUUUUCUUCGCACAUUAGGAAAGUCUACAUUGACAUCAAAAGCCAGGGUAUGA